AAUUAAUCAUAUUCCUAAAAAUACUUAACAGAGAAACUGUCUGGACAAGAUAGACAGAAUGGAGACUUUGCUGAGGCAACUGACGCAUGGGAAUGCUCUAGUCUUCAUUAUAAUUUUGGGAAUUGGUGGAUGUUUUCAAAAUGGGUUCCAUAUCACGGUCACCAGUUCCCCUUCUUCAUAUAUCCAGAGCUUUGUCAAUAGCAGUUGGAUUGGGCGAUUUCAGGAAACUCCAUCGGAAAAAACAGUCAAACUUAUCUGGUCAGCUAUAGUGUCUUUGUACGCUUUAGGUGGUCUCCUGGGAUCAAUGAGUGUCAGGUGCAUUGCUGGGAGGUUUGGCAGAAAGAGAGCCAUGAUAGGGAACAACGUGAUCAGUAUUGUUGCUGCUGUUUUGAUGUUUACAAGUAGGACGGCACAAUCCUUUGAGAUGAUCCUAAUGGCUCGAUUUCUUUUUGGAUUCUCUGCAGGUUUAGGAGGCUGUGUCCAUGCAAUAUACCUGGGGGAGUGUUCCCCCAAAAAGAUAAGGGGCAUGGUAACAUUAACAUCAGCAACCUUCAUCUCCAUCGGUAAACUAUCAGGACAGUUUUUUGGACUAAGGGAGGUUCUUGGCCAUGAAAAUAGCUGGAACAUUCUGCUGUGUGUCUCAACAUGUUUCUCUGUGGUUCAGUUGCUAACGCUGCCUUUCUUCCCUGAGGCCCCAAGAUACUCUCUUAUAGAAAAAGACAAUGCAGAGGCAUGUCGGAAAGCCCUGCAGAGUCUGUGGGGAAAAGGGGAGUACCAGCUAGAGAUGCAGGAUAUGCUCCUGGAGCAGGCUGCCAUAAAGGGUGAGACCUCCAAGAGUCUACUAGAACUGCUGAGAGACACCCGUGUCCGAUGGCAGCUGGUCACCAUGGUGAUGGUGUACAGCUGCAUCCAGUUCUGUGGCAUCACUGCAAUCAAUGUGUUUUCCUUUGACAUCUUCAAGGAGGCAGGCAUCCCUCUGGACAAGAUCCGCCUCAUGACUCUGGGUGUUGGAGUGUCUGAGGUCCUCACCUCCAUCACCUGUGGCCUACUGAUCGAGACUGUGGGGAGGAGAACUCUACUGUGGGGGGGCUUUGGGGCCAUGUCUGCUAUCAUGAUAUUAAUCACCAUCACUCUCAACCUGAAGGAUUACAGCUUCUGGAUUCCAUACAGCACUGUUGGGUUGAUAUUCCUCUUUGUCAUAUUUUAUGGAGGAGGACCAGCGGGGGUUUUGCCGUCGCUAACACAUGAGGUGUUUACUCAAUCCUACCGGCCUGCUGCGUUUGUCUUCACUGGCAUCCUGCGCUGGUCUGGCUUUGCUGUUUUGGGACUAGUCUUCCCCUUUGUUAUUGAACUGCUCAGGUCCUUCAACUUUGUGCUGUUCGCCUGCAUGUGUCUGCUGGCGUCACUCUAUGUCUUCUUCUACCUACCUGAGACCAAAGGGAAAACCCUCCUGGAGAUCUCUGAGGAGUUUAAAAACAUCACUCUGUGUGGAAAACGCCUUUCAAAUGACAAGACCAUGGAAACAAGGUUAUAACGGUUGAAAGCAAAUGAACAGCGAUAAUUCACAGCCAUAGUAUAUCAUAUUCAAUACAAAACGUGUUCUGUAUCUGAGUGACUUAUAUGGACCAUUUGAAUAUAAUAAAAUGCUGUUU